CCAUGCUGGAGCCAGAGCUGGAAUAUCUGCAGAUGCUGUUGGAUGAAUAUUGUCCUUUACCAUGUGUAAGCCCUAUCUCAGAGGCCCCUCAAAUGCCUGAAGCAGAUACAGGAAACCCAGAGAUCCCAGAAGCAGUCGCCGGAAACCAAGAAGUACCAGCAGCUGUCCCAGAGAUCCCAGCAGCAGAUCCACAAGAGCCGCCCGGAUAUCUGUUUAGUCGUAUCCCAACGUCUGAGGAACUCAGUCAGAUGGAAAAGGACUUUGAGGCGGGUCUGCUGGAUCCAAACACUUGGCCCUUCAACUGCAGAAUGCCCUGUCCCACAUCCCCUUGCCCAAAAUGGCGCUAUGAUAAUCCACCCACACCACCACCCACACCGAGGCCAUCGAAAAGGUCCAGACUGGAGCCAUGCGCACAUGAAAAUGCUCUGGCUGUCGACUUUCUCUUCCAAGAGGAGCAAAAACGAGCCAUGAAACCGAGCCAGAGUGAGAGUCAGAGUCCUUUGAUACAUCGGAUCAUCCCUAAGGUAUCCCGUGGCUUGCAUUCGAUAAAACUUCUUAAGUCGCUCAGAUUCAAAAGCCAGAAAAUUAACGACACUACGGAGAUCGACGAGAUCCUUAAUAUGUUCACUCCAACGGAAAAUCCUCGUCCUGUGAAUGACACUUUGCAGCUCACACCGCCCGCUGACCAGGAUCCAGAAAUUUCAGAAGAUAUGGAAUACCGCAUCGCGGCGCCCGAUAUGGACGUGCCGCUUGAAGUGGAACAAGACAUUUCCCUGCAGGAUUACAUGCCUGGGAAAUCGACAUCACUGGCCCUGCUAAAUGACAUUCCAAGAACAUCCAUUGCCCUGCAGGAUGAGAUCCCACAAAAAUCGCAGCCAUUGAUUUCAGGCCUAUGCAUAGAAGUGGCUAUGCCUGAGGACCUUCCGCACCUACAGCAAGAAGUGUCAGUUCCGGUUCCAGUUCCCAAUAAGGAGUACUUGCACGUGGCAGAGGAGCGGGAACCCAUAUGCAUUGGCAAUGUGCAGCCCAAGCCACAGGAUAAGGCCGAGUGCCAACAAUGGAUCCUUCAGACUAGCCAAAUCCUUACCUCCCAGUACAAGUCCCUUCUCUGGAAAGACCGAAAACCUGUUGAUAUUGAUUUCGAGGAUGAAAUCGAAAAGGAUCAGCAGAAUCAGCGCCUGCCUGGCAUCGGUCAUCCAUCGACCUUGCAAGAAAACGCCUGGCAACGGAGCUACCGCUCGAUGCUGGACGUUUUCGAGGAUAUUUGUGAGGAGACCGCAUGCGAGUAUCGCGACCCGCAGGCCAAAAGAUUGCGCAGCAAAUGGGUCCAGAGAUUUGGUAAGAGCUCGCGUCCAAAUCUGUGCCGCAAGCUGGACACAAAACUGCCGACAGUCCGCUCCCGGCCGUUGCUCAAAGUGAAGAUAAUGGCCAAAAAAAAUAUCAAGAAUUUGGAAACGCUGACCCUGCGGAUCGAGUUGAAGUAUUCGAAAACGUUCUGUACGUUGCACUUGAACCAGCCGAUCCAUCUCAAGUCGGCGGCCAAGAAGCUCUCAAGAGUCGAGUACGACAAUGCCAUAAAUGUCCUGCAAAAGUUCGAGAACCACAACCGAAACUCGGAGCACAGUCGGAUAUCGUGGCUCUGGCCGAAUGGCACUGUGACCAUCAUAAACGGCUGUCGCGACGACAAGAAAGAUCUGAUAGAAGUCCAGAAUAAACUCCUCUCUCCCCUACUGCAUGUCUCCCACUUCAAGGCGGAGCCAGCCCACAAUCUGCUGUACCUGCGCAUGCGUUCCAGCGCUCAUUUUGGCUUUCAAAUCAAACUGAAGCUGUUCGCCGAAUGUUUUGUGCUGUCCGCCCAGACGAGUCGCGAUAAUGUCGGAUCGGAGUACGUGUAUUAUGUGAGCAGCGAUUUACCGGGCGUGGUGGCACAGUUGCAUGACCAUGGGAGGGUCUAUGUGUAUGCCAUGUCCAUUGAGGAGGCGGACAAAAUGUUGCUAAAGCUAUAUAUCCUGAUCCACAAUCAAAGCAGGCAUCUGGUAAAGAUAGAGCCCCAUUGAACUCUCGUCCUUAACCUUUUUCU